AUGGUGAAGGUGAAGCAGGUGGGGCUGUUGGCGGCCGGCUGUCAGCCCUGGAACAAAGACGUGUGUGCGGCAAGUGGAGACCGCUUCGCCUACUGCGCCACUCUGGCCAUCUACAUCUACCAGCUGGACCAUCAGUACAAUGAGUUCAAGCUGCGCUCCAUCAUGUCGGAGCAUAAGAAGACCAUCACCGCCAUCAGCUGGAGCCCCGACAACCCCGAGCUGUUCGCCUCGGCCUCCGCGGACAACCUCCUCAUCGUGUGGAACGUAGCCGAGCAGAAGGCUGUGGCACGCCUCGACAACACCAAGGGAGUGCCUGCCUCUGUGAGCUGGUGCUGGAACUGCUCGGAGGGUGUUGGGUUUGUGUCCCAGCGCGGGCCUCUGUUCAUCUGGGUUUAUGGAGGAGCAGAGUCUGGGCUCACGGUCCAUAAAGAAGCUCACUCCUUCCUCUCAGACAUCAGUCUGUUCAGAUGGCACCGCACCAAGAAGAACAAGCUGGUGUUCGGACACACGGACGGCAGCCUGUCCAUCUUCCAGCCAGGCAGUAAGAGUCAGAAGCACGUGUUGCGCCCGGAGGCUCUGGAGGGAACAGACGAGGAGGAUCCAGUCAGUGCUCUGGAGUGGGACCCGCUCUCCACAGACUAUCUACUAGUAUCUAACUUACACAAUGGGAUCCGCCUGGUGGACACUGAGGCCCUGUCGUGUAUCACUUCCUUCUGCUUCCCGUCCUCGGCCGCCUCAGUCCAGUGUCUGGCCUGGGUCCCCUCUGCUCCAGGAAUGUUCAUCACUGGAGACUCACAGGUGGGAGUGUUGCGUGUGUGGAACGUGUCUCGCUCAACGCCUCUGGACAGUUUCAAACUGAAGAAGACGGGUUUCCACGCUCUCCACGUCCUCUACUCUCCACUCUCAAAGAAAGCCCAGAGGGGGUGUUCUCCCAGUAAGACCCAGUACCUGAGUUCCACCAGUGAGGCAGUGCCACCUCCCACCCUGUCCCAGAACCAGGCCUUCUCUCUGCCCCCGGGACACGCCGUCUGCUGCUUCCUGGACGGAGGCGUGGGGCUCUACGACAUGGGGGCCAAGAAGUGGGACUUCCUCAGAGACUUGGGCCACAUCGAGACCAUCUUUGACUGUAAGUUCAAACCAGACGACCCAAACCUUUUGGCCACAGCAAGUUUCGAUGGUACCAUCAAGAUCUGGGACACCAGCACUCUGACCGCGGUGUCCACCUCACCUGGUAACGAGGGCGUGGUCUACUCUCUGUCCUGGGCGCCAGGAGAUCUAAACUGUAUCGCUGGUGCCACGUCUCGUAACGGAGCCUUCAUCUGGGACGUCCGGAAAGGAAAGAUCAUCACCCGCUUUAACGAGCACGGGAAGAAUGGGAUCUUCUGUAUCUCCUGGAGUCACAAAGAUUCAAAGAGGAUCGCCACCUGCAGCGGAGACGGAUUCUGCAUCAUUCGAACCAUCGAUGGUAAAGUCCUGCACAAAUACAAACAUCCAGCUGCAGUUUUCGGCUGCGACUGGAGCCAGAACAACAAGGACAUGAUUGCCACGGGCUGUGAGGAUAAGAACGUGCGUGUGUAUUACUUGGCCACCAGCUCGGACCAGCCGCUCAAAGUGUUCACCGGACACUUGGCCAAAGUCUUCCACGUCCGAUGGUCUCCGCUGCGGGAGGGAAUCCUCUGCUCCGGCUCCGACGACGGAACAGUGCGUAUCUGGGACUACACACAGGACGCCUGUAUAAACGUGCUGAGCGGACACACGGCUCCAGUCAGGGGCCUCAUGUGGAACACUGAGGUCCCCUUUCUCCUCAUCUCAGGCUCCUGGGACUACACCAUUCGAGUUUGGGACACCAGAGACGGGACGUGUCUGGACACAGUCUAUGACCAUGGAGCCGACGUCUAUGGUUAG